CAUUUUUACAUUUUUUAACAAACCCAGAAAGAGUAUUACAAGUUGAUGCAUAUAGAUUUUUUUUAUUGUUUUUGAAAUUUGAGUUGUUGUAAGGGUGUGCAUUGACUUGAUGGAACAUGGGGUUUGCUUGUCGGUGGUCCUUUUGCCCCAAGAUUGAAUCUUUUUAAAUUUAGAUCUAAUUUUUCAAUGUGGGUUGGUGGGGUCUUUAUUGUUUUAGCUCAAUUCUUGCUUUACUCACCUUUCACACUUUAGAUUUAACUUGUGUCAAGUUGUUAGUGCCAUAGAAAAAAUUUAGGCAAUCUUGCUUGGAGUUUAGUUCCCGUAAAGCUAUAAUAUGUAAAAUCGUGAUCAGGUUGAGUGUUUUUGAGGGAUCAAGAUGGUGGAGGGAGGUGUGGAUGCUGAUGUCUUGCUGGAGUAUGUUGAAUUUAAGAUUUUUCCGAGCCAGGGGAGGUAUGAGACACUUAUGAUCUAUGGAGACAAGGUAGAGGCAGCAUCCUCGGGGCUUCUGAAGCAAUUAGUGCUACAUUCUCCCAAAAUCAAAUCAUUGCACUCCAAAGGCUCAGAUUCCUGCUUCAAAUUUAAGCCUCUGGGUAAUCUUAGUGAUGCCAAAUGGUUUACGAAAUCCACGUUAAUCAGGUUUCUUCGUAUUAUAAGUUCAUCAGAUAUAAUUGAUGUGGCCAAGGCAACGGUAAAUGAAAUAUCACAGCUUGAAGAUGCUCGAAAGUUUCAUCUUUCUUUGUACUCAAAGGGUCCUCAAGAUCAUACUGGGAGUGAGGAAACAGAUGUCAGCUACUCAAAUUGUGCGGCACCAACAGUUGAUGAUGAUGAUAACCCUUCUUCAUCAGAUGCUUCCAAGAAUGAAUUAUUGCGGGCAAUGGACUUGAGGCUCACUGCAUUAACAGAGGAAUUAGCUACUGUUUUUGACCAAUCUGUUGGCACCAAAUGCUCUUUUGGGGAUAUCACUAACAUAGAGAAGUUCUCUUAUUAUUUUGGAGCUGUUGACUUAAGGAACUGUCUGCGAAAGUUUGUUGCAUUGAGGCAGGAGAACACAAAUGGUGAUUCUCUUGGUAAAGAGCCAUCUCUCUCUAAAAACGAUGCCAGGAAUGAAAAAACUGGUCCAGUAGGGAGUACUUCUAAGACAUCCAAACCACCACAAUCAGAUACAGCUGUGAAAUAUAGUGCCUCGCCUGCGAAAGCAGCGCAGCUUGAGAGGCAAAGCUCAUCAGCAAGUGAGGAAUCAGCUUUGACAAGUGAGGAGGAACAACCAUCGAUGGAAAGGAGUCGGACCCUUAUCAGAUCUGCAUCACCAAGGAGGUCUGCAUCUCCAAUGCGAAGAGUCCAAAUUGGACGCUCUGGCUCACGACGAUCCACUGCUUUAACAAUAAAGAGUCUGAACUUCUUUCCUGCCAGGGAAAGGUCAUUCUCUCAUAGAGAUGAAUCUGCAAGCGAUUGUGAUGAGCAAGAACAUGAGCAAACCUCAAAAAAAUCUGAGAACAAUUUACAAAGAAUGAGUGUGCAAGAUGCAAUUCAUCUUUUUGAAAACAAACAGAAAGGUCAAAUAGUAGAUUUUCAGAAGACAAAGUCAUUAUUGAAUGUCUCAGUUGCUAAUAAGGCGGUAUUGAAGAGAUGGAGUUCAGGGGUGUGUGAAAGUGCUAAUCCAGUAGAUGUUGCUUCUGGUGAUCCGACUUCCCUGGCAGCCAAUAAAUUGGAAGAUCAAGAAUUUGAGAGCACUUUAGAAAUGAAGCCAGAGUCUUAUCCUACUCCCGAAAUCUAUGAUGCUGAGGCUGUUGACAAUGAUUGCAAAUCAAACUUACCUGAAGAAAGAGCAUCUAGUCCAGAGGAAAUGAGAAAGGAAUGUCUCCCUAACCAAGGUGAAGAAACAGAUCAGAAAUUAAAUGCCUCAGUCGAAUGGACUCGAAAAAAGGAAGCAGAACUAAACCAAUUGCUGAUGAGGAUGAUGGAAACCAAACCUACCAAAUAUCAGAACUUGGCACCUGGUGAUAGCAAACUCCAACGUCUUCCCAAUGAGUGUAGAGGUGGCUUUUAUGAUCAUUACAAAGAAAAGAGGGAUGAGAAACUUCGUGGUGAAACUACCAGGAAGCAAGCAGAGAAGGGAAAGCAAUUUAAAGCACUGCAACAAAUUCUUGAUAGGAAAAAAGCUGAGAUGGUCUCAAAAAAAGCGAGUAAUGAUAGUAAAAAAUCAAAUAUAAAGAGAACACAGAAAGCAGUGAAGAACUUACCUGAAUCUUCCAAUCCCAGAAGUGGAACUCCUAAUCCUGCUGUUGUAAAGAAAGUUCCAUUGAAAACAUCACCAUUGCCAGCUACCCGCAAAUCAUGGCCAUCUGCACCUUCACCAAGGGCUGCAGGGAUAUCACCUGCUAAAACUCCAGGUACUACACCUACCCGCAGAAUAUCCCAGCCAGCACCAGCCGCUCCACGGUCAAGCGAAAAGGUUGAGAAAUUACAACCAAAGACAGUGAGAGCAACUGAGAAUGGUACCAGAAGAACUGUUAAAGGUGUAAGUGAAAAGAAGUUAGAAACUGUGACAAAAACUAGCAAACCUAGAAGAUCCAAAGUUCAGCCUGCAUCUGAAGAUUCUGCUUUCUCAGCGAAACCUAAGCUCAGCAAGGUAACAAAGAAAAGUAGUGUGAUGCCUCUGGAAUCAAAGGAGACAAAGCCUUUUCUUCGUAAGGGCUCACGUACUGGAUCUGCUCCUAGCUCUGGUCUUGGUCCAGUUGUAAAGGUUAAAGUUGCAUCUCAGCCUGAAGAGAGUGUGACGGAUUCUGUUGAUUCGGUUAAAAUGGAAGAGAAAGAGAUGGCUUCUGUUUCUUUUGAUCAUGUUAAUCAAGUGCAGGAUAAGGGUCUUGAAGAUUUAAAAGUCCACGAGGAUAAAGACUCUGAAGCUCAGGCAAAGAUCCCCCAGAAAUAUGAAAAUGCAGAAAGAUUUGAUAUGGUCACUUCAAAUGACACUGAUGAUUUUGGAAGGAUUGAAGAUUCUACCCCAAAAGAAGAGGUCGAAGGAGAGCCAAACAUCUCACCUAGUGCCUGGGUGGAAAUAGAGGAGCUCGAGGCUAAGUCUUUUCCAAGUAAUGGUGAUUUCUGUAAUAAUGAUUCUUUGGGUGAUGUUGCACCUGUAAGAGUCUCAAGUCCACGAGUUCGUCAUUCUCUUUCUCAAAUGCUGCUCGAAGACAACGGUGAAACUGAUGUAAUUGACUGGGGUAAUGCUGAGAAUCCACCAACCAUGAUCUAUCAGAAAGAUGAACCUAAAGGUUUAAAGCGGCUUCUGAAGUUUGCUCGAAAAAGUAAGACUGAUGCAAAUUCAACUGGUUUUUCAAGCCCCCCUGUCUUUUCUGAGGGAGAGGAUGAUCCAGAGGAUUCUAAAGUUCUUACUAGGAGAAGUUCUGACAAUCUAUUAAGGAAGGCUACACUUCAUUCAAAAAACGCUGGGCAACAAAAAUCGUCAUCAUCUGAAGUCUACGAGCCAUCUGGACCAACUAGUAUAGGCAAAAUUGCUGCUAAGAAAUUGCAAGAGGGACACAUCUCAGCGUCAGCGACUACAACAAAAGCAACACGAUCGUUCUUCUCUCUUUCAGCAUUCAAAGGAAGCAAACAAAAUGAUGCCAAGCUUCGAUGAGAAACCUGCCUUAGUAUAGGGGGAUAAAAUGUUGUAGCUUGUAAUGUUUCUGUUUCUUUUUUUUUUUAAAAAAAGAAAAGAUAUCAUAACAGAACAGCGGCCAAAGCAGAAGGUUCCAUAGCCGCGGUUCUUCUUUAGAGAUAUCACCAAGUGAAUAAUUUGUUCCUAAUAGUAAAGAAAACAAUUUUUUGUUCAUGCAAGGACCGUUUCUAUAAAGCAUAAUAUUACCAUUUACCACUUCA